CGAAAAAAUGUAGAUAUGACUGCGAUGUGUUGUUCAAGCGAGUGUCAAAAAAUUGACAUCGGGUUUAGAUAGGAUAAACUAAUUUUUAGAAAUAUGUCAUUGAAACACAAGAAUGAGUAUCGCAGGUCCAUUGAUGACUAUCAGCCUGCAGCUCCUGUCAGACGCAAGAUUGGUCUAUAUUGGAUCCUAGCUGCGCUAAGGAUUGCUCUGACUUUUGCUCCACAGACAGGUUACAUUCAUCCAGAUGAAUUCUUUCAGUCCAUCGAAGUUGUCUCUGGAGACCACUUUGAUAUCGAGGUCUAUAAGCCAUGGGAGUUUAAUGCCACCUUUCCUAUACGUACUGUGUUCAUUCCUCAGCUGGUAGUCGGUGUGCCCUAUGGGUUUCUCAAGAUAUUAUCUUUGUACACAUUCCAUUUCUUUGGAUUGUCAUUGAGGGGACCAUACUUUUUCGUGCUUUUUCCACGACUCUUCAUGUGUGCACUAUCAUUCCUGUCAGAUUAUUUUCUGUACAAGAUCUGCUGCAUGUACGGACAGAACUACAGAGUCAGACUCGUCACAUAUGCCAGUUCUUAUAUCAUGCUGACUUAUGCCACUCGUACACUAUCCAACUCCGUUGAAUUGGUGUUGACUGCUGCGUUGUUGUAUUAUGCUUCGGAAUGUAUGGCAUAUUCGGAAAAGGUGGUGCUCCAAAGCGAUUACCUUUCGAAGAAGUACAACGAAGCUACGACCGGAGUGGAACGUGUCAAGUACUACAAGCUCAGGGCAAUGUUGCCCUCGCAUUCACUGAACCACUGCUUUAUGCUGGCUACAAUAACGGUGAUUGGGAUAUUCAACAGGCCGACCUUCGUCGCGUUUGCCUUUGCUCCAAUUUUCUUCUGGCUGCAAAGAGGUCUGGGCUCCAGAAGCGUCGGCUUCAAAGAUUUCCACAUCAGAAUAUUUGUGUUCAUUCUCUGCGGACUACCGACCGCCCUGUUACUCAUCCUAAUUGAUAGCUUCUACUUCGGAUAUCUGACGACGGGUGAGAUAGGCCAGUUGAAGAUCGGGAUGAACAAUUUUGUGGUGACGCCGGUGAAUUUCUUCAAGUAUAACGUGAACACAAAGAAUCUGGAGGCGCAUGGACUACAUCCUCGUUUUCUGCACCUUCUCGUAAACGUUCCACUGCUGUUCGGCGUCCUGGGCAUCGUCGGGCUGCUGACGUUUACGAAAAUGGUGUACAGCGCAUUGAAGGCGCGAUGGCUCCAUCUACCACGUCUGCAGAGCAUCGUAGGUCUGAUGACCUGCACGUUCAUCGUUCCGAUCGCCUUGCUGUCUCUGUUUCCCCAUCAGGAGCCUCGUUUCAUAAUCCCGGUGCUCUUCCCGCUGGUGUUCCUUCACGCACCCGAACUAAGUCAAGUCCCCAGUUUGGACAUCGUCCGAAGAUUCAACGAUAACAGCGAUGAAUCCUCCAAGGAGCCUCCUCCACAUGGCAGGAAACCCAGGAAGUUGAUGCUCUGGUACGUCAGCAACCUAUUGCUGGCUCUCUUCUACGCUUUUGCGCAUCAGGGCGGAGUUUUCCCGCUGACGUCUCACAUCACGACGGAACUGAGGGCUAAACCCCAUCUCACACACGUGCACUUAUAUACUUCGUACAGUUAUUCGCUGCCUACAGCAUUACUACAGCUGCGAAACACUCAUAGAGUCUACCGCAGCAGCAGCAAUCACAAAUACAAGUUGACGCAGGAUUUCCAUCUGUACGAGCAGGGCGCCAAGCCUCUUCCACAGGUGUUCGACAGCAUCGCCAGGAAGAUCAGGGACUGCGAAGAGAAAUUCGCUGUCAAGAGGAUACCUUAUAGACUGUAUUAUGCGUUACCGGCCUCCGCGAUAAGCGAGUUCGUGGAACUGUCGAACAACAGAUCGAACAUGUUUAGAUUUCACGUAGUCAAGACUUUCUAUCCUCAUAUCUCCAUAGAGAGGUUGCCGUCUUUGCGGUGGUUCGACAGACUGGAAAAUCUGUUAAGUUUGCAGAGCAAAGAUAUCUUUAACAACUUCGUCGAAGUUACAAAGGAUGUUUACGAAUACAUUGAGCAGUUUAAGUUGCUAUUGCUAAAAAUCGAAUAUUUUUUGCCUGAAGUAAAGCAAGUACAAUGAAAGAGCAUAGUAAAUAAUAAUGAUUGAAUAAAUUUUAAAAAGAGAAAUAAUUUUUCCAGACGUUUAUUCUAUAAGGAAAUAUUAUUAUAAAUAAUUACAAAAUAAUGAAUAAAAACUAGUCAAAGAAAAAGAGAACUUAAAGUGAUCAAUUGUUAAGAGCUUUAUAAAGAAUGUUGAAACUUAGCUUAAGCAAUAUACCAAAGAAAUAUAUCUCAAUUCAUAAAAGCCAUUACACAAACAUACACACUCACGUACACAAAGGUAUACUUUUUAUAAUUUUUUACAUGCAAUUGUAAGAAUGUAUCAAAUCAUUAUGUGAUACAAUAUUUAACUUAAAGUUAAUUAAUAUAAAAUCUAGAAAUA